AUGGGAGAUUUUACUCUGAACCUUCUGGGCUUAAGAGUGUUCAUUUCCUGCAUAGGACUCGUGGGGAAUGCACUUCUCAUCCUAUCCAUCAUUCAGAGCAGGUUCUCACGAGUGAAAUCCUAUGAGUUCUUCCUUCUGGGAUUGGCGAUAGCAAACCUGGAGGAAAUUAUCAUCAUGAACAUCUAUGACAUUGUCACCCUCGAGACUACGCUCACGGUCACCGGCUCUUUGCUGUGUCGCAUAUUCAAGUUCUUGACGCUAUUUGGGGAAAUUGGCAGCAUCCUCUUCACUGUCCUCAUUAGCAUCUACCGCUACCAGAAGCUGAGAGAUGCCAAUAAGAGGGUCAGUCUCCCAGUGUGCCUGGACAGCUUCAGGGCAGCCUUCAUGGUGUGUGUGUUUUGUGUGAUGCUCUCCGUGCUCCUCAGCUUUCCCGUUUUCAUCAUCAACCUGCAAGGCACUGUUGGGGACAACGCCACUAGAGGCAAAAGCACCUGCCCACCAGACUUCUUUCAGUGCAGUAAAACAUUUUGUCCCUUAAUCAACCGCGUCUUCAAAUACGUGUUCGUCACGAUGUGCAACCUGCUGCCUCUGGUCAUCAUCACCAUCACCGGCUGCCUCAUCGUUGUGGUGCUGCUCAGCCAGAGGAAAAGGGUGGCAUCAGUAUCAAAAGAGACCGGCUUGAGCCAAUCCAGCAAGAAGAGUAAAGGACCAGGGCUUCAGAGAAGUAUUAUAGCUGUACUGGCGGCCAUGGGGUUGUUCCAAAUAGACUGGAGUAUUUACCUGAUCCUUCAGCUGUCAUUUGACCACACAGAGUAUCCUUUUUUGGUAGAAGUGGAGUUCUUUUUCUCUACUUCCUAUACAUCCAUCAGUCCGUAUGUGUACGGGAUAGGGAAUAACCUGUUCUCUUUAAAAAACUUCAUAAAUAAGUAA